CUCACCCCAUAGGAUGGCGAACGCAUCAUACAGAUAUCGGAACUAGAAGAGGCAUCGCUCGCGUUUUAUUUCCCGAAAGCGCUAAGCAGAAACUUAACAGAAAUCAGGAUUUCGAUAUGCGAACCUGUGGCCCAGCAGAGGUCCAGAUUCAUUCCCACGUGGAUAUAGAAGAGGCUCACGAUAGCCAUGCUUUAUUCACUCAGCCUCUAGACCCAUUAGAGAUGAGGUAGUAUCGAAAGGUACCAGCGUAGUACCGAAGGAAUUCGAGGGAUUUGCCCUGACCAUCAACACCCAAUGGGAAUCGGUUAUUUUGCUCUAAGGAGAGCAACUCUCCUGAAGGGUUACAUGGCUAUCCAAAGCAUACAAGCGUAGCUAUAUCCAGCUCCAAGCUCAGCUGAUCUCCGCACAGAAUCUGAGUCUGUUAUCUUCGUUCCUCCACUCACCUUCUUCAUCCAUCUUUUGCUCAUGUUUGUCGGGACGUUGUUUCAAACCUCGAGUUACUUGGUGAUGUCUCUCGCCCCGAUAUCGCGCACAGCUUGGGUCCUCCGAAGUUGCCACAUGUUAUAGGAUCCCGGAGGCAGACAAUGACAUUUAAUACGGCCGCCAAGUCGCAGAUAUAUGCUACCUGCCCGCACUCUGACGGAAAAGGCGCACCGGUAUGUUGGGAUUGUAGUGAGGAAAGCUGGGGAAGCCUGCCACCAUUUGAAGAUUUCGGGGAGACCAAGAAACUCAGGAUCCUGAGCGGUAGGAGCCAGACUUUCGCACCAGAAGUACACCCACCUGCCGAGGGCAUAGAACUCGGCACUCCCAAUCCCCGAUAUAGCCAGCCCGGCUUGGAGGUCUUCACCGGGCCACAGAUUGUGACUGCCGCAGAUAAAUACCCGAACAUUAUAGAAGAGAAGAUCGUCGUCACACCAAACUCGGCUUCUCCUACUAUAUGGGGAUUUCGGAGGAGAAUAUUCUGGCUUAUCGUGAUAUGUGUGGCGUUGGCAUUGCUCAUGGGAGUGGCCGUUGGCGCCGCGGUUGGAAUAACCCAAAAGAAUAAUUCUACCAAAGCAUUGGCAACAACGUCGUCGUCCACAGAGACCAGUGUCCAAGUGAGCAGUACUUUCUCAUCGCCGCCUGAAGUUAUGACUGAGAUUGUGUCGGCAAUUACUUCGAGCCUCUCUAUGAGCACAACGAAUGAUUUCAUGGUUCAAAGUGUGUCUUCAUCCUCAAAACUCGACACUUCAACAACAACUACCAGAACGGAAAGGUCAUCGUCAUCACCUACAUCGUCACCUACAUCCUCCCUACCAAGUUCCCCCACAACUCAAACUUCUAAGUCUGUAGAGAAAGUAACAAUAAUUUCUGUGCAAACUGCGUCGGCACCUACUACUAGUCCAGUCCAGUCCACGCCACCUCCAACUACUGUAACGGUCACCCCUACCACGAAGGCGAGCUCACAAACUACGACAAGUCCAACAGCGACCACUUCAAAUGGUGAUUGUCUAGGAGCCGACGGAAGCACAUAUACAGAUCCAGGGACUGGCGCACGGUUCAGGAUUGAAUGCGACAUCGCGCAUCUGGGGAAAGACAUUGAAAAUUAUAAAGCUCAGACGAUGGAGGCUUGCGUAUCGAUGUGCGCUAGUGAUUCAACAUGCGUCGGCGCUAUAUGGUAUAGUGCUGGCCCUCAGGGAACAGAUCUCAAUUACUGCUGGCUGAAAAACACCUUGGAAAACACUCUCAAGAGCACGAAGGAUGCGCAAUCAGUGGUGCGGUUAUAAAAGAGCGUAACUCACUCGUCGAAGGGAGAUCCACACGUUGGUCUUCCUACCUAACCUAAUGCCUAAUUGCUAGAGGCAGGAAAUGAAGAUAUGCCU